AUGGCGCCCCACCGCCGCCGCCCUGACCCCUGCAUCCGCAGCCACCGCCACCGCCCUGACCCCUGCAUCCGCAGCCGCCGCCGCCGUCUCUGCUACCGGCGCGGGGGGCGCGACCCCGGGGGCACCGGAUCUGGCUCCGGCGCCGCCGCCUGGGGCUCUCCGGCCUGGCGCGCGCCGGCCGCCGCGCUGGCCAUCCUCCCGCCAGCGCAGGACGUCGCGGGGGCCGUGGGGGUCGCAGGGGCCGCGGGUGCUGCGGGCGCCGCCGCCGUGGGCGCCCUGCAGCCCCUGCAGCAGCUGCCUGCGCAAGGCGAGCUGCUCGCGCAGGGUCCAGGGCCCGCUGUGGCCACCGCAGCCGCCCUGCAGCAACCUGCGGCUGCUACUGCCGCUACAAGCGCGGGGCCAGGAGGUCCCCCGCAGCAGGCACUGACCAGCGACGCUGCCGCCGCCGCCGCCACUGAGGCGCAUCGCGCUGCGGUUUUCCCGGCGCACCGGCACCACUUCCGGUGA